AUGGCCCGCAAGACAGUCGCCAACCAUGGCAAUUGGAACUCCCCAAUCACCCAAGAUCUAGUGACCUCAAAGACGAAGAAACUCACUUCUCCUCGCGUAUCGCGCACGACUGGCCGCGCCUACUUUGUCGAGUCUCGCGACAAUGGCGCAAUGGCCGUCGUCGAGGUUGUCAGGGGCGAGGUCAAGGAGGUCUUGCCUGCCGAGUACGCCGCCGGUAACACAGUCUACAACUAUGGCGGCGGGACUCUCGAUGCCCUACGCGAUGGACGUAUCAUCUUCUCCAAUGCCGAGGAUAAUACUGUCAAGAUCUUGGAUCCUGAUACUGGCAAGGUGACUGACGUGACGGGCGACCCUGUCCUCAGAUACUCGGACUUUAGCGCAAAUGACAAGUCCGAUUGGGUUCUUGCGAUUCAAGAGGACCACACCAUAGACAACCCGGAGGGAACGAAGAAUUUCAUUGUUGCCAUCCACACAGAAACGAAGGAAGUCAAAAGGAUCCUACAGGGCGCAGACUUCUACUACCCAGCCGAGUUCUCCCACGAUGGCACCAAGAUAGCCUGUAUCGAGUGGAACCAUCCUUACAUGCCCUGGUACGGCGCGAAGCUAUAUUGGGCAUCCUUUGACGCUGGCACGGUCACCAAUAUGACGCUCAUUGGAGGUGGGCUUCUGGACGGUGUUGCCGAACCUCACUGGGGUCCCGAUGGCACGCUCUUCUUCUGCAAGGAGACGGCCAACUAUCGGCAAAUCUUCCGUCUGACCCCUGGCUGCAAGAGCGCACAGCAGGUCACACUACGGGGGCUAGAAACAGCCGAGUUUGGAGAGUUGCCGUACUUCAACGCUACUAGCAAGGUCGUCGCCAUCGAUCUGGACACAGGCUCAUGGCAGUCGAUCGCCCCUGAGGACGAUGUCAGCCAGAUUCAGUACGAUCGCAUGACGCGCUUGAGCGAUACGAGUGUCGUCGGCAUCUUCAGCGGCCACCUGAGCCCAGAAACUGUGCGCAUCAUUAGCAUCAACGAUCCCUCCAGCAGCAAGGUUGUCCGCAAGUCUGUCGACCACGGCAUAUCUGACAAGUGGAUCGCACGUCCCGAAGCACUCAGCAUCCGAGCCAGCGUGACUGCGCCCGCGCGCGACAUUCACGGGUUCCUGUGGCUUCCCAAGAACCCAGAGUACGUGGCCGAUGCAGAUGCGCUUCCGCCUCUCAUCAUCGUCACGCACGGCGGUCCGACGGGUCACUACGGACCUGGCCUUAUGUUCCGGACACAGUACUUCACCUCGCGUGGCUAUGCCGUCUUCUUCCUCAACUACCAUGGAUCCACCGGGCAUGGCCGAGCAUACCGCCAAGCUCUAUGGGGCAACUGGGGCAUCAUCGAUGCAGACGACACGGCUGAGGUAGCUCAUCACCUUGUUUCGGCAGGUCUUGUCCGCGCGGGUGCCGUGGGCUGCACGGGGCUCAGCGCAGGAGGUUAUAAUACCCUCCAAAGUGUAAGCCGUCAUCCCGACGCCUUCGCAGGGGCUGUCGACGUCUCCGGCAUCUGUGACCUGGACAGCUUCAACGCUGGAACGCACAAGUUGGAGUACAAUUACACAGACGCGCUCGCCAUCUCGGAGCUCAACAUGUCUGAGGCGGAUAAGAAGAAGCGAUACGCUGAGCGGAGCGCGUUGUAUCACGUCAACCAAGUCGCGGCACCACUCCUGAUCCUGCAUGGCAAAUGCGACACGGUCGUGCCCAUGAACCAGGCAACGGACAUGGAAGAGGCGCUGAAGAGGAGGGGCAAGGACGUGGCGCUUGUGAAAGUAGACCACGACGGUCACAUGCUCGACAAGCCCACCAGUGCCAAGAUCUGGCUGGAUGAGGAAGAGAAGUGGUGGAGGAAAACACUGCUGUAAUUGUUGUGUACUGUCAGCGUACAUGAACAGACUAAUUACAUACCCGGUUGAGUCGAACAAGCACGUAUCGUCAACACUGGAAAUACGCUCGCACGGAAACAUGUACCAGCGAAACGCGAAGUCGUCGAUGGAAUGGCGCGUGCUGCGCCAUCGCCGAUGCUGAAAUGCCCACAACGACACCUGACUGAGCGGCCGACCAAUAGCAACGGCCACGUCAGUCUUAACAAGAAGUCAUAUUGGCGUGACUCUUGCUCUGAGAGUUGGUUGAAUGAUUGCUCGCCGUGAUUAGUACUGCGUGAUCAUGAACACUCACAGCUGAGUAGAAGCACGACCGGACUACGCGACGUGAGGCUAUCGUGUGCUUUCAUGUUUUGGUAUCAUUAGUAUCGUGAUAAGUACAGUAAGAUCACAUAUGUACAGAUAUUCCCGGCCAUCAUGUCCUUCCCUUGACUCUUCUCCGCAUGGAAUCGGGGACCGGUUUCUGGAUCU